CAACCUUUGAAUCAGACAAAAUCUGUUUUCCUUCUUCCUUCUCGUACAGACAAAAGCUAGAGAGAGAUAAAGAGAGAGAAGUCAUGAUCUAGGGAUGGUCAUGAUCUAUCUCAUUUAAUUUCUCACUUUUCGUUUCCUCAUUCCUGAUUCCUUUCAAACAGCCCCAUUUCGAUCAUUCUGCAAGUCGGUUUGUUUACUCGGUAAGCGUGUCAAGAUGCCAGCUAAAUCGUUUAACAGCUUUGUUGAAGAGAAGCUCGGAAAAUUCCCACAUUUUGUGAUAUAUGCCAUUCUUGAAUGGGUGAUGAUCAUUUUGCUCUUCAUCGAUGGGUUCCUCGCCUUUAUUUCCAAUGAAUUCGCCAAGUUUUUUGAAUUGAGAAUUCCGUGCUUGUUUUGCACGAGGAUUGAUCAUGUUCUCGUUCAUAGGCACUCAAGUUUUUACUACAACGAUUCCAUUUGCCUGGUUCACAAGAAGGACAUCUCGUCCCUCGCAUAUUGCCAUGUGCACAAGAGGCUCUCUGAUAUUCGUAGUAUGUGCGAAGGUUGCCUUCUUUCGUAUGCAACGGAGAAAGAUUCUGAUUGCGAAAAGUACAAGUCUCUAGUCGGGAUUUUGCACAAGGAUAUCGAUUUGUUCAUGGAGGAUAAUCCGAGAACAACAAAUAUGAAACCAGGAAAGAAGGGUGAUAUCGAGCAAUUUGAUGAUAAGGGUGGGAUUCCCAGAUGUUGUUGUUGUAAUGAGCCUUUAAAAAUUAGACCCUCCUCAAAGUAUAACAGAAGUUUAUCAAUGAAUGCUCCGACUCCAUCUCCUCGGGCAACCUUACUCAGAAACGAGGAAGGACGAAACGUAGAAUUGCCUCACUAUAGGUACUCAGAGCUUAGAUUCACAUCAGAUGCCCAAUCAGAACUUCCUGAGGAGGAAUAUGCUUCAAUUGGAGAUAAUCAGAUAGGUAGAGAAUAUAUCAAAGCUGCUACAGUUCCACUUCUGCCAGAUUCUGAGGAUUAUGAAGAUCUUUGCAAAACCCCAAGUUUUGUCCGAGGAGGAAACAAAUUUUUUGGGAUUUCAUUGUCCGAUUCAACUCAAGCCAGUCCUAGAUGGGCUAACAAGGGAGCUCGAAAACAAUUGGUCAACAACUUCUUUUCCGAGCUUAAUGAUCCAAACGCUCAAAGUGAGACAGACAACAACAUGUUGAGUCGUUUGAAGAGACAAGUUCGUUUGGAUCACAAAUCCCUGAUAGAAUUAUACAUGGAACUAGACGAAGAACGAAGUGCUUCUGCAAUUGCCGCAAACAAUGCAAUGGCUAUGAUUACUCGACUGCAAGCAGAGAAGGCGGCUGUUCAAAUGGAGGCCUUACAGUAUCAGAGAAUGAUGGAAGAGGAGGCUGAAUAUGAUCAGGAAGCUCUGCAAGUAACGAAAGACUUGCUGUUAAAAAGAGAGGAAGAGAUAAAGGUUUUAGAGUCUGAACUCGAGGCGUACAGAGAAAAAUACGGGCAUAUUAAGAAAAUAGGCAGUGACAGCGUUGAAGCUGAUGCUGAUGAAAAUUAUCAAGAAAUAAAAUCUCAGUCCUUGUCAUCGUUAGGUGAGAAAUCAGACUGUGGUAGCUCGAGUGGAGCGGAUCAAAAUGAAAAAGAACGUCCUUAUGAUAGAAUGAUGGAAUAUGGAGGAGGGAUUUCGGAUGAAUCUCAUUUAGAUUUCGAGAGUGAGAGGUCUUAUCUUUUAGGUCUUUUGAUUCAACUCGAGAAAAAGAUAAACGCACCUUUGGACAAAGAAUCUGAUUCCUUAGAGGUCGAUACGCCUAUGCAUGAAGACAAUACUAAAGUCACUCUUAAAAGAGAAGUUUCUACUAUUAGGGAGAGGUUGAGAGCUAUUGAAGCAGAUAGUGGCUUCUUAAAGCAUAUUGCAAUGACACUACAGAGAGGCGGUGAGGCAACUAAACUCUUGACCGAGAUAGCUCAUCAUCUUCGGAAGCUUAGGCACUCGAAUAAAAUUUCCUCAGACGACACAGAUGCAUGAAAUCUUUGUCCUAAAUGUGACACUUUUCUUGAUUUUGUCUCCUCCUUCAUGGUGUGGCACUGUUGACAUAUUUGGAUGUAUAUACCUAUAGCUUUACUGGACAAACAAUGGAGUCCUGGCUUGAAUGUUUCAUGGAGCACAUGGUUCUCGUUUCCUCAACAUAUUUCGGUAAAGAGGCUUCAUUGAUUUUGAACUUCGAAUCAAGAAUCUAGUAGUUUUUUAUAGGAUUAUUAGUAAUUGCAGUUUGCAGAUUUGUGCGCCUGUGUACGAAUAAGAGGCAUGAAGAUCAGGAAGCCUUGAUGUCAGAAGAAAGCUGUUCAUCCACAAAAAACUCUAAAUUUAGCACAGAUGGCAUUUUGAACAUAGAUUGUUAGCUGAUCGAAAAUGGACAGACUUCUUGUUGACAUCCCUUCACAGAUACGCAAAGGAGUCGAGCAUUUAGCAGUAUCAUACUCAAAGCUGAUCAGCAGCAUUACAUAAAAUGAGUCAUGAAUUCUUUGAUGCAAUUUAGAUUCAUUUUCGGUUUUGUUGAUUUUUCAUGGACGACAAAAUUCUCUCUAGAGUUCUGCAGAAAGAUACUUUCAAUGGACCAGGCAUAUUGAUUUCGUGUUCAAUGGUUUUCAUCAGUGACUGAAUUUGAAUAUUCAUGCAUUUAACAAUCUGUUAUCACAUGAAAUGAAACUUUUGAGUUAGAAAGGGCCUUUGGAUAACCUCAAUAAACCAAGUCUUGUUUUCAAUAAAUUUG